AAAUCUAUAUCACUAUUUUAAAAAGCGACUUUUUAUUUUCAUAAUCAAGAAGUAUCCGAAUACGAAGGUCAGUUACCUUUUCACUAAAGGUAUCUGACGUUCUACAUAGAAUAACUGAGCGGUUACGAAAUUCUUUUUGUCAUCAACUUUUUGUUUCUAUUACUUUCUUAAACCGGUACCAUGGCCUUGAUGCCGCUCGACUUCAACCUGAAAUAAAAAAAGGGAAGCUUCAAUUUAUACAAAAGCUUUUAGACUGUCUUGUUGACCAGCACUUGAGAGCAUUCCCGAAAUUUCCCUAAUAUAAGCAGGAAUGUGUUCGAAAGUUAUCUCAAACAAAAGUGAGGACACGCUUCCAUUUCACACUCAUAGCCUACCAAAAUUUGUGAUCAGAAAAUGUGAAGAAGAAUUAAAUGAAACUCCAGGCAAAAAAGCAAAAGCUGUUCUUGAGCUACGGUCUAUGCUGAAAAACAAUCCGGAAACAAGUGAAUAUAAUUUUCAUGACGAUCUUCUGGUGUUGUUUCUGAGACGAAACAAAUAUCGAAUGCGAGAUGCCUUCCAAAACGUUCAGAAUUUCGUUAACAUCCAUAGAAAAGAAAGCUACUUGUUUAAAAGUGUUUCGGACAAGUAUCUUGACUUGCCAUCUUGUAAAGGUCUUGUGCUGCUGCCCAAGAGGUGUCCGGAUGGAUGUACAAUUGUUAGAAGCCAAUUAGGUAGAUGGAAUCCUAACGAGAUGCCAUUCGAAAAGCUCCAAUCGUUGUUCACCAUCCUGUUCCUCCAGCUGCUACGCGAUCCCAUGACGCAAAUCAACGGAUUCAAGAUUAUUCACGACUUUAAAGGAACCUCCCUCCAGCAUCUCAAGUUCUGUACAUUCCGAAAUCUACAUUUGCUGUACCAUGGCGCAAUAAAUUGCGUACCAGGAAGAUAUAAGGAAAUCCAUUUAGUCAACGAAUCCUUUGUAAUGAAAACCCUAUGGGCAAUAGUGAAACCAUUUCUUUCAGAAAAAAUAAGAAAUAGGGUCAUCUUCCACUCAAAACCUGAAGGACUGCUUCAUUAUUUUCCACGCUCUGUACUUCCAGCGGAAUACGGUGGAACUCUUCUUAAUAAUGAUACUGAAGACUGGAUUAAAAUAGCCAAUAAAUACCAUAAAGAAUAUACCGUAGAAGGACAACCAAACUUUUAUUGAUAUUAAAAACCUUUUUUUUUUAUAUCAUAUUGGUGCCCAAAUUACUAACUUUAUUAGAAAAGUAAUUAAAAUUUAGAACUUAAUUUUCUACAGUAAAUUAAAUUUCUUCAGUAAUUUAAAUAAUAAAAAUUGCAUUCUGAUUUAUUAUGGUUAGUUUAAUAUAUACUGUAUUCUGAAUAAUUAUUUGUAUUAAUUUUUACUUUUUCUCCUAGCUACAAAACACUGCAAACUCCCAAAAACUUUUAUCAAGAGUUUAGGAUUGAAAAGUUUGAAAGUCUUUCUGUUAUGAGUGAUAUCUGAACUGACAAUGGAAAGUAAGAACGAUGAACUAUUAAAAAUAGGACUGGAAGUGACUCUGUGCUUCUAAUAAAUGGGUCAUAUUAUUAGAAAGAUAAAUAUUUGAAGCUUGAAAUUUCACAUAUUUGGCGAAAACCGCAGAAAAAGUCUUUACUGUGCAUUGCAGCUUGUCUUUCAAAAUUCAAGAAUGAAAGUGCUUAUUUAUUUUUUAGUAACUUAUGAGUUGAUUUCUCUUGCAAAAUGUUCGUUAAUUCAAGUCCGUACUUUUUUCAUAAUCCUCAUAAGUCCCUAAUGGUACUAAAUAAGCCUUUAUGCUAUAAUAAUAGAUUAAUUUUUUAACUUUUAGCAAAUAAUAAAUGUUUUAGUUUAAUUACUGGUCAGUUAUUAAGUCAUGAUUAGAACCCCAGCCAAAAAUAUGGAUUUUGCUUGUCUGGUAGCCUUUUCAAAUUUUCCCAACAUCUUUUAGAUUUGCUUAUGGAUAAUAUUUUAUAUCAAUAAGCAUAUUCAUAUUAGAAUUGUCAUAUGUGUGAUAUGUGGAAAUUUUUUUCCAAACCAUUAUUUUCCUCCAGUUAUUAUUUAAAUUGGUGAUAAUCUAAUGUAAGUGAAACAACAAUGGAAUAAGAUCUGUAAUAAUACAGAUAUUUAAUAAUUACUGUCUUUUGUGUCUAAAAAAUAUUUUAUGAUUUUGCUUAUCUGAAAAAUCUUACAAAUUAUUUGUUAUAUUAUUAUUAUUAUUAUUGCAACAUUUUUUGCA